AUGGUGAUAAGGCUUAGGCAGUUCAUGGCAAGGGCCGGCAACGGUGGCAGAGAGCCCGUUCUAGAUUCAGACAAGGGUGAGGAGCUUGUUCACGUCCAACCUUCCAGUCCCCAUCGCACUCGGCAAGUGGUUUGGGCGAGUGAUGCGGACAGUGCAAAAUGGCAAAGCCGUUGGUUUCAAGGGAUCCAGAGGCCUGCCCUCCUCAGUCUUCAAGUCGCCGAUCAACGCUUUGAGGGUGCAGAAGACAUGGAACAAGUUAGUGAUACUGUUAGUAGUCAUCAUCAUCAGUGA